AUGAAAGUGUUGGGUCUCAUGGGCAACAAUCCAGCAUCGAGAACGAUAUAUCUUGAUGGCGAGAGUGGCGAUGAAAUGUCCGAAUCAGAUGAUGGAGUUGGUACGUACGUCGACGGGCCAACGAAGUCUCCGAGGAAGAAGAAGAAGAAGAAGCGUUCCAGACGGAAGACCGUUCCUGUGGCAGCUGGUGAAGGGCUCGAUGAUGAUGAUGGCUAUGAACCAUCCGUCCGCGAAGAUGAUCCAGGAGACGAUGAUGUUCAUGUUGAUGAAGUUGGUUUGAGUUUGGUUCAUGACCACUCUGGACGAUGCUUCAAGCGAGCGGCAAGUAAAAAGGUGACGCUUAAAGAUGUCGAAGCCAAUAAGGAGGUUGUGGCCUGCAUGCUGAAGGUGAGCUGUGGCCGUGGCUACUUCUCAAAGCAUUUGAUUGCCAAGGGUGUUUGCAUGUUCUAUGAGCAGCAGAUCUUAUACCCUGAAGGGCUCAAUAGCAGGAUGCCCGCGAUCAAAGAGUGGCUGCUCGGUUCCGUCCUCUUGCCCUUCGUUCCAGCACAAGCAAAAGUGCGGCUUUGCAAUGGAUUCGUGAUGAGAUUGCAGGAUGAUGAAGGCAUGCAAGAGGAUCACCACAUGGACCAUGAAAACGAUGCCGGCAGUGAUUCGGAUUUGUCCACUUCCAGCUCAGCCAGUUUCGACAUGUCCAAGAUCGAAGCGGUCAUUUCGGUCUUGAAGCAGAAACAAGAGGCUUCGCACGAAAACGCUGCAAAAAAAGGAUCGCAGCAGUUGACCGUACCUGACAAGGUCUUGGCCGUUCUGGAAAAGAUCACGUGUCCCCCGCCAGUUGAAAAGGUCCCUGAUGAACCCACAGGGGAUGCUGCUCAGAGCAUCCCCAGUGCACAGGCUACAGCCCAAAACUCCAAGAAGCCCAAGGUGAAAAAGAAGAAGGCGAAAGGUUCCAAUGCUGUUGAGACAAAGGACACACCUCCGUGCAGUCAGAAGGUUGCUCGUGUAGCUGCCUUGAUUGGCAAGUCUUUGGCUCCCAAGGUUGUUGCCAAAGACUCUGAAGGGUCGCAAGAUGCUUACAAGCCGGGUGAGUUCAAUGAGAUCUACCAGAAGUUUUUGAAGGACAAGAAAAACGAAGGCCACACCCACCAUGAGGCCAUGACUUUGUGGAAGUCAUCCGUGAUUCGAGAGAGCCGUGCUACUUCCCAGCGCAGCCCACUGUUUCCUAUGGGAUGUGAGGCUUACGACUUUGUUUCUUGUGGCAACUUGCUUUGUGCACGAAGUGUACUUCUGCUUUGGCUAGCGUGUGUCUGCCAGAUCCGAUGGUUGUUGGAACAACCUCAUGGCAGUAUCGUUGAAUGCAUGCCGAGGAUGCAGGAGUUUCUCCAUUGGUGCGAUGUUGCCUGGCAUUUUUUGAGUGACUUGUUUCGACUCCUUUCUUUUGCUAUCGCAAUUAACAUUGCGACUCUUUCUGUUUUGAAGCAAGAUAAGGUUUACCGUGGUGGAUUUUGGAUGAUGAACUUUGGUGGUCCUACAGCAAAGAGGCACCUCAUUUUUUGCAAUGACAGCGUCAUUGUGCAAACAAUGCAGAGUCGGGGUGGCCAUUUGUCCAAAGAAAAGCGGGAGGCGCAAACCGAACAUUCCCUGGUUGUGAAAACUGUCGAUCGAAACGGCAUUCGCCGGCAGACUGGUGUGAAGAAGGUUUUGAAACAGAACUAUACCACCGAGUUUGGGCGACUCAUGGCAUCGUUGCUUACUGCUGUGACGGACAGAACCUUCUAUCCAGAACCUCGGGAUGAAGGACGGCCCAUUGACUAUACCCGCACCGACUGGGAGCUCUUCAGAAAGCAUUGCCUAGAUCAAGACUAUAACCUGGUUGGAGACAUGUGGGUGGAUGUACAUCGAGUGUUGCAGAAGCUUGUUGAGGCCAUCGAGGAUGACGCAGUUUCUUCGGAGUGGGCGCGGGAUGGCGCAGAUGAUGACUCGCAAAACCAAGAUGGAGAUUUUCAACUGGAACUGGAGCCCAGUUGUGCCGUGGCCAUUCGCCGCCCUUCUGAGCGUGAGGCCCCCAGAGAGGGGCCGGCAUUGCCAGGUAUGGCUACUCCUUCCGUUCCUGCAGAGAACUUGGAAAUUGAUUGGGAGGUUGCACUUGGAGUGCAAAAUGCACCUAUGUCGCUUUCCGCAGCUGUGGACUUCAGGUUUCAAUUCAAGCUUGAUCGUUAUAGCUGCCAUAUGGCCAUGGCGCUCGAUCCAAAAAAGGGAAAGGACAUGAAGGAUGCCGUGGAGACUUCUCCCAAAGAACCGCAGCCCAAAACCAAGAGCAAGUCUAAAAAGCCUGUCGUGGAGCCAGAGACCUCGCCUGACACCACCAAGAAGGCCAGAGCUUUGCAGGAAGAAGAGCCGAAAGCAAAGAGGGGAAAGACUACAAAGCCUGCAGAGGCAGAAGUGGCCCCAAAGAAAACUAAGGCGAAAUGUUUCGACCCCAAGUACAUCAAGAAUACCGCAAAAGCAAAGGCGAAGGCAUCACCCAAAGCGAAGUCAGUGGCAUCACCCAAAGCUGUGAAGCCGACCAUUGACAAGAAGCCAAAGAGAAAGGGAAAGUCCAAAUCCUCCAAGAAGGCCAAGAAAGAUUGGGAGACGGAAAUGCUUGAGGAAGAGGUGGAGGAGGAAGCACAGCCUGCAGAAGACCUUGAAAUUCAGGAGCGACCAGGGGUUGCAGUUUCAGAUGAACCCGGGUCAGAGCACGAUGGAGGUGAUGAUGAAUGUGAAGCACCCGCCACUCCAGCUGUUGCUGAGACUCAGAUGGAACCGGAAAGCCACAACGAGAAUGUGGAAGUUAAGGAGGAGGAGAAGAAGAGCGAUAGUGAUUCCCAGCAGUCCCUUGCAACUUUGCUUCGGGGGAAUGAACAGAUGUUGGCCCAGUCCCUUUGCAGCAUCUUGGAGUCGCAGGCCCAGUCUUCGAACUCACAGACGGAAUCCCAGCUCUUUGCAGGGCUUGGUGGCAGUGCGAGUGAAGUUUUUACUCAGAAUAUUGCGGCUGAGCUUGUCCGCUGUUUGCAGAGCCAGUUUGCAGCAGCUGAGCCGACGAAAUCUUUGCCAGGUGCUAGUGGUGGACAGGCUUCAACCCCCAGCGCUUCAGAGGUGCCUGCUUCGACUGGGCCCUCAAGCUCUGUGGCGAAAAAGGCAGAGGAUCACAAGGAGACCGAGGACAAGGCUGAUGAAUCAGAGAAUGGCAAUGCCAAGGCGCACAGUGCAAGUGGUGUGGUGGGGACUCCUGGUGUUCCUCGAGCCCCUCCUGAUGAGGAAAAUCAGGAUGAUGUUGCUACCGUUCCAGGAACACCACACCAGCUGACCAAGAAAGACAUCAAAGACAUGGAUGAGGAUACGAUCUUGCAGAAGUAUGCAGACGGUGUGCUUCCGUUGGGAUUGAUUAACAGCAGCAACUGCCGGAAGCUCUAUGGCCGCAUGCAGCGCUACAUGGAGAACCAUGUCUCUGAAGCUUCCCAUCCGAACAUGUCAUCUCUCUUCGAGGGAAACUUGGCUCAACGACGGCAUUUGCUCCAGCAAUGGCUAUCUUCUGGAGAAGUUGCCGAUGCAGCUGAAAGCAAUCUUUCAGUUGCCAAGAGCAAUGAGAGGGAGUUGAAAGGACAAGAGAAGCUUUUGACUGUAGAAGGCAUGCGUCGACAUGGUGUAUCUGAGCACCUUUGGUUUGAAAUUGGCCGUUCCAUUUUUGAAGCUGUUUUCUCCACACGGGUUUGCUGCAUGCUUUUGAUACCAUAUCACUUGAGGAAGAAGAUUGCUGCUGUCAUCUCCACGCAGCAGCCAACUUUGGACCCUGACCAUCCGGAGAUUAUGGAGGAAGCCCGCUACUGGGUCACCGUGGACACCGAGCGCACCACCAGGGAGAAGACCCGAGUGGAGCUGAACACCAAUGUGAAUGUGCAAACGGAUGCAUCCACCAUAGCGGCCCUCACUUCGAAUUUGUCAAGUCACUCCACCGUCGCCCGGUCAGCUACGGACAUUGCUCAGCAGCUGAGGCAAUUGAGCGAGACAGUGCAGCCGAAGAAACGAGCUUGCAAAAGCAAAGCCAAGUCCAAGGCGAAGGCUUCUCCAGCACCAGUGGAGCCAAAGUCUUGGGAAGACAUGGUGGCUGAUGCCAGUGUUGAGCUGAAGCGCGAGUAUACGGCCAAUGCUUGCACAUUUGACCUGCCAAAAGGCAAUGAACUGCGCACGCAGCUGAACAAGCUCAAGGUGACCAUCGGUUUGGAGAUGGAUGCUCUGAAGGAGAUGGAUUUGGAAUCAACCUCGGAAGAGACCUUUGAGUCCAAGAUGGGCCAUGUCAAGACGUUAAUCCAGGAGUCCAAGAUGUUGCGUGCGCAGGCCAAGGCCGUCGUUCGAGAGUUGGUGCUACUAUGCAGCAUCGGCUCGACCAAGAGAGAUGUUUCCCAAGCAUUUGCAGAGAAGAUGGGACGAAUCUAUGGAUCUUCGACUUUUGGGAAAUCAUCUUCAAGGGCGCCUGAAGCUCGUGUACAUCGUAGCGCCAAGCAACAUGGCCUUGCUCUGAAUUGUGAUGUCACUUGGCUAGAUGUGCCUACAAAGUCAGAUGAUGGCAGCCUUGAAAUUUGCCCUUGGCCAAUUUUGCUGCCGAAAGAUUUGAUGGUGGCAUUGAUUGAAGCUGGGCACUUGGAGAUGCUCAUGGGUACAUUGCAAGAGCGACGGCGAUAUUGGGAGCAGGCCUUGGUGGAUUUUAGUGGCCACGAUGCUUUGGAUGCAGACACAACAGCUCCCCUGAACCUCUAUGGAGAUGAGUCGACUGUUUUUCGAAGUUCCUGCAUGUGUCUACAUUGGGAACCUGUGCUGAACCACUUUCGUGGGGACAGCAUGCUCUCAAGGUUCCUGAUUGCAAUCAUUCCAUCUGAGCGUUAUUGGAUUGUAAACCGUGUCAACCGAACGUUGCAGGCUGUGAUCCAGUAUGUGGUGGAUUCUUUGAAUGAAGUGGCGCGUGAUGGACUGCAGGAGUUGAGAGCCAAAGGCUACGAUGCAUUUGCAAUUCUUCGUUGGUUGCGGGAAGAACUUGCAGAAGUGACCGACCCACAGUAUGACCACAUUUCUGCAAUGGUGUGGCUGGCCGACAGCUGGGUGACGAUGCUGUGUGAUGGAGAAGACUUCAUUUCCGAAAAUUGUGCAAAACAAAUUCAAGUUUUGGGCGAAAGUUUUUUAAAGCUCUACUUGCAGGAACUGGACAUCAAACUCAACAAGGAGAAAGAAGAUGAAGUUGAAGUUGUCGAUGGACCUCCUCUACCUCCUCCUGACGGUGAACCUCCUUAUGAUGGGCCUGAACAUCACUCUAUGGGCAAACCUGGUGACGGCAUCAUCUACCUCAGCGACAUUGGCGAGCAUGUCAAGCUUGACAAACGUGGACGGCCUUAUCGUGUUGGUCCAGAUGGUCGCAAAGAAGUACGAGGGUCACCAAGGCCAAAGAGCAGCUACAGUCCUGAAGAAUGGAGAGCACUGUCCGCCAAGGAGAGAGACGUCAUCAUUCGUCGUGGUAAACUUGAAGAAGAAGCUGAGAAGCUCAAGGAGAUCAAGUUGAAGAAGGAGAAAGAAAAGAAGGCCAAGGCCGAGAUCUCCGAGAAGAAGAAACAUGAUUCAAGUUCACCCAAAGAUCCAGCCAAAGACGAAAGCCGAAAGAAGAAGAAAAAGGAUAAUAAGAGGUCAAAGGAGAGCUCAGGCAAAGAUGGUGGCAAGGACGCUGCUGUCGGUGUGGGGACGCUCCGAGGAGAGUGGGAACGUAUGCCUACGCCCCACAAUCCAAUGACGAGACUGAACCACAAUCGAGAUCGCAACCCAUGGGAACGUUCGUCGACGCCCCAUGGAGCGAGUGGUCUCAUCGACAUCAAGAAGCUCAAUACCACCUCUCCUGUGAUCGGAAAGCCGGAGGUCAGUCGGCCACGGCGAGUACGUGAUCCUCUAGGCGCGGUUGCCAUGUCGAACUACUCGCCGAUCAUUGGUUCGGCGUCGAAUGAUCUCAAUGACAUCAACUCCGUCCUCAUCACGUUGCGGGACAACGGGAAACAUGGAGCGAUUCCUGCCAUGUACAAGGAGUACGACCCGACCUACAGCAGUCAGCCGGACGUCACGGUCGACAGGUGGCAUGCGAUCGGAAUUAGUCCAAUCGCUGCAGCAUCAGCUUGCUUCUUAGGCAAGGUUCCAUCGAACCGGUCCGAGGUGGAUGCUAUCUCACUGUAUCUUCAGGUCUUAGAGCUGAUCAAGAAUCAGGAGGAGCUGAACUCCGGGGCCAAAAGGUUCUUGGACAAAUGCACCACCUACAUGAAGACCUUCGUUCAGCUGGCAUCUCGAAACCCUCAUAAGGUUCUUGGAUUUUGCACGUCUGAAUGUGUCAACGGAUUGGGAAAUAUGUGGGAGUGCAUCAAGAGCUUCCAUGUGCCUCAUCCAAUUCGAACUGAUGGAGCGUUCACGGUUUCAAUGCUACCUGAUCACCUUCGAGAGUUCAAGCUUCGACCUUAUAGAGGUGACCUACGAGGUGUGAACCAAUCCGUCCCGGCAGAGAACACGUGGUUGAAUGCAACGAGGAAGAAGGACGGGGUCCUUAAUCCGUCCGAUCCUGAUGCGCCCAUCACCAUCUCCUUCAGGGCGAUUCAUCGAGAGCUCCACUACUUCGACAUGACCACGACGUGGCAAACGAAGUCGACCCAAGACAUGUUCAAUGCAAUGCUCGAUGAAUGGCAACGUCAAGUCGUUCAUCUGGGACAUGCAUGGAGGUGUUACAACCAAAAGGUGGAUGAUGAGGGAGACUACAAGGAUCCAAUGACCUUAGAGACGACGAUCAACGACCUCACCGAGCAGAACACCAAGCUGGGUCGUGAAAGGGCCGCUGCAGUGAAUCAUUUCACCUGCAUCUUGGCGCUUGCCCCCGCAAUCUUCAGAUGGAAGGCGAAGUUGGGGAGAUUUUGGCAGUUCUCCGAAUUGGCAAGGACCAACACGAAGAAGAUCAACGACUACGUUACGAGGGUUCAACAAUCCUUGUUGCUCACGUCAGAGAUCCUCGAGAACCAUGGAUACAACGUCAUCAACGUUGAGGAGGGCAACCACGGAGAGAUCAAGAAACGAAACAAAUGCUUUUCUGCCUUGAGGGAGUUUUCGACUACCAUGUCGGAGACCCAAGCUGGUGGAGGACAGACUGGACUGCAGGUUGCAGCAUCUGGGUGGAAGAAAGUUCUGAGGACCACCGCCUGGAUUCAAGGCACCGCCACAACCUUAUCCAUCGGCACAACCACCACCGCCGAAGGCAAGACCGACAUCACCAUCGGCACCAUCAAGACCGAGUGCAUCGGGAUCACAGUCAUCGGGCGUGAGACAUCAGAUGCAGAAUCCGUCACGCCGCAGCCACCAUCGAAUGUGAUCACAUAUUGCAGGGUGUUGACAGACUACACGGGCACUCAGGUGAGAUCGAUCCUGAACGUCCACGUGAACACCGCUGACACUGAGUUUGCUAUGUCGCACGUCCACGGACCAAUGGCAAACAAGGCGCAGUCAACGUGGCGUCAGUACCUCAGGAGGGUUGCCACAUACACCUGCCUAUGCUUUGGACUCGCCAAUGCCAGGGAGAUCGGUGAUGCAUCCUACGCCUACAGCGACAUGGAGUGGCUGAGAAUCUACAACGCCGCAACCAAGCGUGGGGGGAUGGUUCAUCAGAAUUACUAUCUCUCAGUUGGGUCCAUGACGGUCAUGGUGGAGAAGAACGAUGAUGGACAGGCCACUGAUCGCACCUACGACAAGUGGAGGCGAGGCCUGAAGUCGGGCAUCGGUGGAACUAUUGUGGACAAGCCACUGGUGAGGAAAGAGAAAGAUGAAUUGGCAGGGAAGUUCAGGUUCGGCAAGACCAUUUUGAUCACAGACCUCAACUACAAGUGUCAAUCGAACUCAAGGGGAACAACAAACAUCCAGUACGGGCUUGAUGAACUGGGAUAUGUUGUCACUGUCAUUGACAUCAACAGCUUUAAAAGCGUGACCAGGGCCCAGAAGUUCAUUGACGCGGUUGAGCACCUGAUCAAGACCGUGAUGCCAGACAUCGCAACCGAGGAGAAUGUGACCAUUCACUUUUGGGUAUCGUUCGCAUUCCUCAUCACGGACACCCAUCAUUAUCAUGUGUGGGUUGAAGGGCAGUUUGCAGAGAGGUUCGCUGAGGCAAUCCGAAGUGUCGACAAGCUGGCGACAAGACCUAUCUUUGUGUCGCUCUGCAAGGACCCCAGAUUUCAUGGUAUCCGAUCAGGCAUUCAGGACGUUGCCAUGGACGCAGCGGACGCCCUGAGGAGCUUCGGUAUCAUGGUCACAACCGAUGAUGGGAUGUGGCGAUUGAUGUAUGGUCAUGCCGGAAACCACUACGUGAACAACCACAACCGGCCAGACCGUUUGGGAGUUUUCGCCACCAUGGAGAAGUCCUUGUUUCGACAGAGGGUACUAUUAUUGAUGUGUUCCCUGAAUGUUGAAGCUGCGGAAGGAUUGAAUGACAUGGUGAAGGAAUCAUCCCUGAAGGUCGGCAUCAACCUGGAGCUGAUGGAAGAUGUGCUUAAAGAACCUCUUACAAUCCAAAUAGGAACAGGAGGUGGAGUACCAGACACCGCGAGCACUGGACCCAACGGCCCAGGAACUGUUGGUGGCGGUAGAAGAUCGCAUGUUGAGUAUGAAAAAGCGCCAUGGAUCGAAGCCACAGUCAGGUCAGCUUUGCCUGAACCAUCAGCCAACAUGUACGACAUGUGGUUCUAUGUCAACCAUGGGCGAGAUGAGAUGAUCCUAUGUCACGGGCACUUCAACACUGAUGGCGAUGAAACCACGCCAGUUGAUCAAAUGAACUACGACUUUGAGUGUGGAAAAGAAUGCAUCGCUUGCCGAGCAAGCGAAACAAUGAGGGACUAUCAACUUUGGCCGCCAGAGUACCAGAGAAAGAAGAUUGUGAAAACAGCGGCACGGUCCCGUGCAUUCUUCAACUUCAUGUCGCAAUCAAACAACGCCAUCAUGGAUCCUCAACAAGACUUCGUGCAGUUCCUCAAGGACAUCACCAAAGCGAUGGUGGGCAACAAGGGGUGCGAGCACGGUGAGAUCCUCAUGAAGGCCUUAUCGCACUUCGGGAUGGUCAGAGUUCCCAGAGAUCGCGUCAAACAGAUCUUCACUGGGAAGCGUGGAAGACAGUAUGGCGUCAUCCGAGAAGAAUUUACUUUGGAUGAUGGCGUCCAACCCCAUGAUCGCUUUGCGUAUCGGGUCACAAAAGACUAUGGGAAUGUCUUCUACAAGGACUAUCUCAAGAUGGUGCUCGGAGAUGAUUUUACGGAGGUCAUGGGCUAUGCUGAUGCAACGGCCGAGAAAUGCGGUGACGUGGUCGAAAUGUGGCUUGGAAUGUUGGAUUUGGCCAACAUGACGAAGUCCCAGAUCACGUUCAUGGAGACAAAGGGCGAUCCAGGUGAACUUCUUGCAGGCCUGGAAGCAUCAAUUAACAUCUUCCAUGGAACGACAAGAUCUACCACGACUCCAAACACGAAGAGAGGUGGAUCCAGGGUCACCGAGCCCACGAAUUACGAGGAGGCUAUGGUGAAUGAUAUCCUCCGUGAAAUCCCGAUGUACCAUGGCUUGCAAUUCGCAUGUUUGAUUGGGGACGAGGAGAUCAGCGUCAUCAAUGAGAACUACAAGAUGUCCAAGGCCGAAGACAUCAACGAUGAUGACAUGGAACCCGAAGGUCAAGGGACCGGGGAGGGUACGUCGACCACCCCGGGACCGACGACCGGAGGCGCGGGAGCAGGUGCCGAAGGAGCAGGUUCGUCGACCACUCCUGACAUGCACGAUGCGACCAAGUCUCCAUCGAAUCCUGAGGAGGAGUUCCAGAUAUCUCAGGACAAGGGUGCCAUUGUAGAGGCCAUUGACGCGCUCUUUGCCCUGGCGGACGACAUCAACGUCUGCCGUCUGCCUGAAAUGUGGAGGAAGUGGUCAUCCCAAUUAUGA